CCUUGUCAAGACAAAGGCACCUGCCGUUCAAAUUACGUGAGCAACAGUUACGUGUGUGUUUGCACAGAAGGAUACACAGGAAGUAACUGCGAAGCAGUCCCCAAGGUGGAAGUCGUUCGCUCCUGUGACAAAUCACCUGUGUGGCAACUCCAUAAUGGGGAUGUUAUCAUCGAGUCGAAUCAGAUUGGCACAAACUACGAAAACAGUUUGGACGGCCAUUGGAUGUUAUCUUCAAAUGCAAGAAUAGAACUUGCCUUUAUGAUUUUCGAAUCAAGGAACACUCAUGAUGUUUUGACAGAUGGUGCAUUGCGUAUAGCCGGUAAUAAUCCAUUCACUGGAAGGAUAGAGGUCCUUUUUAAUAAUAACUGGGGCACAAUUUGUGACAAUGGGUGGAACAUCGACGCAGGCCUGGUGGCCUGCAAGCAACUUGGCUUCGACAGGGUUUCCUAAGUCUUUAGCGGCGCCAGUCAUGGCCAAGGAACCGGUCCAAUAUGGAUAAAUGCGGUGAAUUGCUUUGGAAAUGAGUCUUCAAUUUCCAGUUGUGGACACAGUGGUUGGGGUAAUCAUGAAAACUGCACUCAUAGGCAAGAUGCCAGUGUAACUUGUUCGCAUGACUCUCUUCCAAUUCGUUUGGUGGAUGGUGGGGCGAGCUACGGUCGUGUUGAAGUGUUUGACAGUGGGGUCUGGGGAACAAUUUGCGAUGAUACAUGGGAUAUAAAUGAUGCAAAUGUGGCUUGUAAGCAGCUUGGCUUCACUGGAGCUUCCUCUGCUAGCACUAGUGCAGCACAUGGUCAGGGAUCAGGUCCUAUGUGGAGAGAUCACAUGAACUGCGUUGGAUCAGAGAGCUCGUUAUUCGAGUGUCCAUUCACCCAGGAAGGAUUUAACCACUGCCAUCGGCGAAGACUCAGGCGUGGUUUGUUACUGAUAGAUGGGAAACUUGAACUUGUUUAA